AUGCAGUUCACCAGCAUCGUCGCCACUGCCCUCGCGCUCGCCGCCUCGGCCACCGCCAUCCCGCAGGUCGCACCCACCUACACCAACGGCACCGGCGUCACCCCAGCUACCAACAGCACCGGCAGCAUUACCCCCAGCGGCACUGGCUCCCCAAGCUCCUCCUCGUCCCCCAGCACCAGCUUCGUCCCAAGCACCGGUGGCGCCAGCCAACUCUCCACCGGCGCAAUGGGUCUCCUCGUCGUCGGCGGUAUCGCCAUGGUAAGAGCCAACCCUCCACAUCCCGUCUAUAAAUCUUCCUAUCUAACAUGUUGUCUUCCACAGGCUUUCUAA